AUGUGUUUGGAAAUGAAUUUACAGACCCUAUUUCAAGAUUUUAAUCCGAGCAAAUUCGUCGUUCACACUUGUUUACUGAUAUUCACCGCUCUUUUGGCCUUAAAGUUAGAUAACACUAUAUCAUGGUCCUACUGGGCAGUAUUUACACCAAUAUGGAUAUGGAAAUUCCUUGUUGUACUUGGUGCUACAGUAGGCACAUAUGUGUGGUGGCAGUACCCUCAUUUCAGAUUGGAAGGUGAGGCAUAUAUACACUACAAGGCCAUGUUAAUAAGUCUCGCAAUACAUUUGAUAUUGCUCAUGUUUGAACUUCUCGUGUGCGACCAGUUGACAACUAACAGACAUGUUUGGAUAUUGGUGUUUAUACCGCUCAUAUUCAUCAGCAUAGUAUCAAUAGCUAUAUGUAUAUGGUGUGUUAAACACGAUAGGAGUUAUGAGUUGGAGUUGUUCUGUGCUGUUAAUAUACUUCAAUUUAUAUUCUUGGCGUUAAGAUUAGAUCAUUUCAUCAACUGGUCGUGGGAGGUUGUGUUUGUGCCUAUGUGGAUAUUAAUGUGUCUCAGCCUAGUAGGUGAGUGGGUUCUAUACAGUAUAAUGUUUGCCGGUAUACUACUAAGAACACCUGAAGUAAAUGUUCAACAAAGAAGGACAAGUUUCAAUUCAGCACUCGCAUACACUUUCACAGUUAUACCGAUAUUGGUGUUUCAGGUGCUGUUGACAAAUAAACUAGAUGAAUGGUUGUCUUUAUCAUAUAUUGUAGUUGUUAGCCCACUGUUUGUUACAUUUGCUACACUUAUUAUAAUGUCGUUUAGCUCCAAAGGAGGAAAUAAAUGGUGGUUCGGUAUACGUAAGGAUUUCUGUCAAUUCUUACUAUCAGUGUUCCCGUUGUUGCAAGAAUAUGCUAACAUAGCUUACAACAAUAACGUGAACAGACAGACAAACGAACAGACCUCGGAAUAUAGAGACGAUGAUAGUAUUAAAGACAAGAAACACAAAAACCACAAGAAAAACGAAGCUUUGAAACCAAUUGUGCCUAUCACAAGUAUAGAUGUGCCGGAUUGA